CAGCCGAGGGUCACGAAGCCGCAUAUAACAUGGAACUAACACGGAAAAGAGCCUUCUUCCUUGAGAGGUCUUCCACUACAAUGUCACUCAUCAGAUAUCGACUUUUCAUAGGAUCUUCUCUGCAACUCUGAUUGCUGGAAGUCUCUCGACGCGAGUAUCCUUCCCGGAAACGAGGUUUAUCUAUUGAAACUAUCAUGUCUUCGUCAGAUGAAAAGGCGGCUUUUACAUUCCUCCCGCUUGGCGGUAUCAUCCAAGAAUUUCGUGUGGAAGGCCACAACCUCGUUCUCGGGUUCCCUACUGAGAAGUUAUACCAGAAAUACCAUGCUCCUUAUUUUGGAGCUACGAUUGGCCGCACUACGAACCGGUUGAAAGAUGCAGUUAUCAAUAAUGUCAAUGGAAGAUCAUACAAUAUCACAACUGCCAGGGGACCGCACUCCAUUCACGGGGGAAAACAUGGGUGGAAUACUAAGACAUUCUCGGGCCCAAAGCCUGUAAAUCGAAACGGUAAGGAGGGUUUGGAGUUUAGAUAUAUGAGUAAGGACGGCGAAGAGGGGUACCCGGGAACCGUUGAAUUGAGAGUUUGGUAUACCGCAGCUGAAGAGAACGAAGAAGGCCAGCCACAAAAAACAGUCCUUGAGGUUGAGUACGAAGUUGAAUUUGUGGGGGAUGAAUGUGACGAGACCGUUGUUGGGGUCACGAACCACAGUUACUUCAAUCUAGGUAAUGGUCCGACAAUCGAAGGCACUGAAGCCGUGUUGGAAACGGAUAAUUACCUUUCUACCGACCCCGAGGGCAUACCUACCGGUACCAUUGAGCGAUAUACCUCAACAGAAGUCAAGAAGCCAUUUUUUAUGAACGCCACUACCCCGGAUAUCGACGAGUGCUUCGUUAUGGAUACGGACCCAUCGUCUAUUCCGCUGGACACUAGAUCUCGCCCGAUGAGACUGCUUGCUUCUUUCAAACACCUUGUAACUUCUUUUCACCUGGAAGUUUAUAGCACCGAGCCGGCCUUUCAAUUCUAUACUGGCAAGUAUAUCAAUAUUCCCGCAGUGUCUGGCUUGCCAGCGCGGGGACCAAGGUCAGGGUUCUGUGUGGAACCCAGUCGUUAUGUCAACGCUCCGAACGAACCAGAAUGGAGAAGUAUGUGCGUGUUGAAAAAAGGUCAGAAAUGGGGUGCCAAGUCUAUGUACAGGGCAUGGAAACAAUAG